GUCACUACACCUCGUUCCCCACAACUCUCCCCCUCCUUUCUCUUCUUAACCCAUACCAACACACACAUACACAAACACUCUCUCUCUCUAAUUAACAGCAUGGGAAGUUUUGACUUUAGUAGACAUAACAUCCACAACAAGGUAUAAAACAGCCAAGCUUGCCUGUAGUAGCUCAGUUAGGAGCAAGAGUGAAGAAAGAAAGAAGUGA